UCCCAGAUAUAGUUCAGCACCCACAAUGUUCUUUCUCUUUCAGUUCCCGGACUCAAGAAUGAGACAGAAAGUCAAAGGAUGUACAAUGGCCUGGGGAUCUGUAAGGAACAGCAGCUGGACAUGCCGCUUAAUAGCAAUGGAGACCAAAAGCAAGGAAAGGAACCAGGUUACGGAUUCAGGAAAACUAAACCACUUAAAAUCCUGGCAACUGUCACAGUCACGGUCCUUAUCUUGGGUUUAAUCUCUACUACAGCUGGCCUGGCAGUCAGAACCGCUAAACCAUGUUUGGACUGUGCAGACGUCCCAUCAUGCCCAGAUGGCUGGGUCGGCUACCGAAGACAGUGCUACUUCUUCUCUGAGGACGAAAGGAAUUGGACCGCCAGCCAGAGCUACUGCUCUUCACAUGGUGCCUCCCUGGCGGGGAUUGACGGUAGCCUGGAGAUGACGUUCCUUCUGCGAUACAAAGGCAGCGUUUACCAUUGGAUUGGCCUCAGAAGGAAGCCUAGUCAGUCUUGGAAGUGGCCCAACGGCACCGAAUUUGACAACCGGUUCGAAGUAAGGGGAGGAGGAGACUGUGCGUAUCUGAAUGACAUAGGCGUCAGCUCGUCAAACUGUGAGACGGAGAAGAACUGGAUCUGUGCCAGACCUGAUCGAUGUGGGAAACGAAAAGAGAAUAGUCUGGAAGGGACGGAAAAGCAGUGACACUCCGUUGCUGCUCCCAAAAAACUCUUCUAGUUAAAGAUGCAAACUGUGUUACAAUCAUUCAUAAUGCAUAGAUGAGCAGUAAGUAUGUAUUUCAAGUAAUAAAUAAAUCAAAUAAAAAAGACAGUCAAUGAAAUGGAAAGGCA